UACAUUGUGGAGGGCUUUUGCGCCUCCCGUCCGGUCUCGCAAGGGGAUGGAGACACGAAUUUGGAGGCACAAUGCGUGUGUUGGCGCUCUAUCCGGCAGAAUGCGUUCCAACGCGGUAAGGCUGGACAUAUUGCCAGGUCAGAUCAGCCGCUUAGUAGGUAGCAUGCGUGCAAUCUUCGAGGAUAGUCCUUUUGCGUCGAGUCUUGCCCUGGAAAAAUUGUUUUACAACAGCUAGAGAUCGUGCCUUUGAUCCACGCCUGAGGGAUAAGACGAGUGUCACUGCCGAGAAAUCUGGGAUCUCGGAAAUUUUACAGCAUCGAAACGGACCUUUUCCAGGCUGAUCAGGAUGAGGUCAACGGGCGCAGCAGUCGCCGCGUGGGGUCUGGCGGAUGCGUCUCUAAUCGUCGAACAAAACUUCGUGAACGGAAACUGGGUGGAAGCCAGAAGUCAAGCGAGAUUCGAUGUCCAAGAUCCAGCAACAGACAAGUCCAUUGGGUCAUGCCCAGAAUCAUCUGAACCAGACGUGAAAGAAGCCAUCUCACACGCAUCCAAGGCAUUUUUGUCGUGGAGGCGUCGCAGUGGACGAGACCGGUCCCGUGUACUCCGCAAAUGGUUCGAUCUUGUCAUCGAGAACCGGGAUGACCUGGUGAAGAUCAUUUGUCGAGAGAACGGUAAAGCACAAGCCGAUGCGACUGGAGAAGUGAACAUGGCAGCAGGUUUUCUCGAAUGGUUUUCUGAAGAAGCGGCCAGGAUCCACGGCGAUGUUGUGCCACACAGUAAUCCGGCAUAUCGCGUGUCUGUGAUCAAAGAACCGAUUGGAGUGUGCGGAAUGAUCACACCAUGGAAUUUUCCUGCUGCUAUGUUGACCAGAAAGCUCGGCGCUUCUCUAGCUGCCGGCUGCACAGCAGUUAUCAAGCCCGACGGACAGACGCCAUUCACGGCAAACGCAUUCGCGGUGCUUGCACAGCGGGCUGGCCUGCCUCCCGGAACAAUAAAUAUUGUGCACGCUCUGGAGAACACGCCGGCUGUAGGCAAAGUGUUGUGCGAAGCGCCUGGGGUGAGAAAACUCUCAUUUACAGGCUCUACCCGUGUUGGCAAGAUUUUACUUGCGCAGUCGGCAUCGAAUGUUCAGAAGCUCAGCCUGGAGCUCGGCGGUAACGCACCUUUCAUCGUGUUCGAUGACGCAGACCUGGAGACUGCGGUCACAGCUUUGAUCGCAUCGAAGUUCAAGGUCUCUGGGCAGACCUGCGUAUGUCCAAACCGCGUGUAUGUCCAAGCCGGAAUACACGACCAGUUUGUGGAGAAAUUAGUGGAAGCGGUGUCGGCGUUCAAGGUCGGCCAUGCUGCUGACCCAACAACCACCCACGGCCCGUUGAUCAAUCGAGCUGCCGCAGCGAAAUCACUUUCCCACGUUCAAGAUGCCGUCAGCAAAGGUGGCAGAGUGGUGAUCGGCGACAACGGAGAUCGCAGUAAGACUUUGAAGCAUGGACCAAACUUCUUCCAUCCGACCGUUCUGGUGAAUGCGAACAAGACGAUGCUCGUCGCACGAGAAGAGACAUUCGGUCCGGUAGCUGCAAUUUUCAGGUUCGAAAAUGAGGCAGAGGUGAUUGCUGAUGCCAACGACGUAGAUGUCGGGCUAGCGUCGUAUUUCAUGACCACAGAUCAGGAACGGGCACACCGUGUGGCAGAAGCGCUGCAGGCGGGCAUGGUGGCCAUAAAUACUGGUAUCAUCGCCGAUGCUGCGGCUCCUUUUGGAGGUGUCAAGGCGUCUGGAAUGGGUCGAGAAGGAAGCAAAUACGGCAUCGAGGAGUAUCUUCAGCUGAAGACGGUAGUGACUGGGAAUCUUCGACUGUAGCCGAGGUAGUCGCAGCUCUUCCCGCUGCAGCAUUGCUGUCUGUGGUAUGAUCAAUUUUAGAUUUUGAUUCAGGCUGGGCCAGUCUCUGCGAGGGUCUGCCGUCGGAGCCGCUGGCAGAAAGCAUGUUUCGUGUCUCAGGCAGCUCUGUGUUGCAGUUUUCCUGUUGAGCCAAUUGGGAGCGUACGCCUCUCCUUCCUUGCGAGGACAGAGAUGUUUGAAGCAAUCGCUACCAAUCUCUCAUACGUUCCUGGUCGGAUCUGACCACACAGCCACGCUUGCGAGCAGCGAAGUCGUCCGUCUUUCUCGAAAAGGAGGGUGAUUUCUGGAAUUUCCGCGAGCGAUGUGUGCCGGCCGACUUCUGCUCUGGCAUAUCUUCCCGUCCAGCACACGCAGUAGUCGUGACGAACCUGCAUCAGCCUGGAGUUACAUCCGGCUGGCGAUGGUGCAACACUGCCAGAGUGGUUGAGGUGGC